AAAAAAUAUAUUUAUCAAGCCUGGUUUGAGCAAAAGCGCAUUCACUCACUUUCACUGCGUGAUUGAUUAGGUUUGCUGGUUUCCAUCUAAGUUCGUUGGAAUUGUUUAAUUGUUCUUUGAUUUUCUUCACAUAGCAAUCUCUUUCACAAUGGUGAUUGCUACAAGAAAUUCCUUCAUAUCUCUUAUCUUAAUAUCCUCACUUUUUUGCACAACACUCCUUGCCAAGUCUUCUCACCCAAUCUCCGAUGCUCAAGUCAGGAAGAACAAGCUUCAGUGCUAUGCUGAUAUUGACAGUGGGUUGUGGGGUUGGUCAUGCAAAUCAACGAUGAUAGCAAGGGAGAAUUGUGCUCUAAGAUGCCUUUCACCAGCUUGUUACGAGCUCAUCUACGAGAGUGACCCGCUCGAAGAGGGAGAAAAGGACUUUAUUCGAAGCCAAGAGUACAAAUACUGCAUGCACAAGUUGUCCAUGGGAGAGAGCCUUGAGGGUGUUAAGGGUGCCUUUAGCAACUAAUCAACACGAAAAUUCUGAAUUGGAGGUGGAAGUAUGGUGAAUUUAUAUAUGCCCUGUUAAAUGUAGAUUAAAGAAAAUGUCCAAGAGAGUCUUGAGAGUAUUUUUUUUCUUUCAAGUAAUUAAUUAUAAAUGAACCAGAUACAAGUAUAUGCUCUUAGAAAUCCAGUACAAUCUAGAACAGAACAAUGCUUCUCUAAAGGUGAGUGCCUUAGUUUUUUAGCCCUUUAAGACUCUAUUAUUAGCAUUUUGAGCAAUUAGUGUAAAGGGUUUGAGUUUAGAUAGAGAUACUAAUAUUCCCCCAAAUAUUUGAGAUGGGAUAUUGGGAUGGGCGAGAAGUUGAUGCAUUUGAAGAUCUUUAAA